AUGGCCAAACGAUCUAUAACCUUUCUGAUUAUUGCUGUAUUACUAGUUAUUUUGAUACUCCUUGAUAUUCUUUCCAUUCCAUAUACUGGAAAGGAUUAUGAUUCAACAAUGAUGGAAGCUCACAAUUCAUCUCAUUUCGAGUUUUCAUUUACAUCACUAAAUAUUGCAAUUAUUGGAUCAUCUGGGUAUAUUGGUUCACGGUUAUUGCAUCAUUUACAGAAGAUACAUCGAUGGAACGUUGCUGGUUAUGAUCAAAAAUUACCAGGGCAGGCUAGUCGUGAUAUUGUAACAGAAGAUCUACAAAAGUUUCAAGUUGUUGUUUAUUUAGCAGGUUUAACUGAUCGCGACAUUUGUCGAGAUCAUCCAAAUGAUACGGAGUACAAAAAUGUUAAGGACAUUUAUGACUUGGCUAAACGGAUGUUACAAUCUCAGCUCUUGAUAUUUGCUUCGACAUCUGAAAUAGCUGCAGGAUUCGGUAAAACUCCUAUGGAUGAACUGUCUCCUGUUCAACCACACCUAUUUGAUCCAUAUGUUGCGUCGAUUAUGCGCCGAGAAAAUGCUCUGCGAAAGCUUAGCUUGGAAUCUCUCACUGCACCUCGAAUUGUUGGCUUGAGAUUUGGUCUUGUCAUUGGGCUCUCCGACAGCCAACGAAUCGACUUUGGACACAUGCAAUACAUUUGUCAGGCUUUUCUUGGGGGAAGGUUACACGUCGUUCAUCCAGAAGCUUAUCGCAGUUUUCUAAGCAUGGAAGAUCUAUUGGGUGCUCUAACUGUAGUCAUUAAGAAUCAUAGAAGUACUAAACGAUUCGAUUUGUUUCACCUUCAAUCUUUCUCAGCUAGUGUUUCGAAUAUAGCCAAUGCCAUUGCACUUCGUUCUGGAGCUCAUAUUUUUGUUUCAAAUGACUCCCUCACUAAUUUCAGCGACGGAUUUUCCUUGAAUACCAAAAAAUUUCGCACUAACUAUCAAUUUGUUUUCAACGGAAGUCAAGAUAAGAUCAUAUCUGAACUGAUUAAUGAUGUUCCCAGAUUAUGUCUUGGUCGACAAUCUCGUUUAGAUAAAGGCUCCACUCCAUGUGUAGUAUGCGGCUCGCAUCAAAUGCAUUUGGUUCUAGAUUUACACAAACAGCCUCUUGCCAAUGAUUUUAGAGAACAAGCGGAUCAAGCGAUGAAAUGUAAACAAUUUCCAUUACGUUUAGUACGUUGUCUCAAAUGCCAUCACACACAGCUGUCAUAUAUUGUUGAUCGGGCCUACCUUUUCAGCCAUUAUCUAUAUCAGAGUGGUACAAGCAAAAGCAUGAAAGACUAUUUUGAGUGGUUAGCUGAGAAAGUUAUCAAGGAAAGUGAAAAAAAGAAUGGAACUGUGCUAGAAAUAGCAAGCAAUGAUGGUAGUCAAUUGACUGAAUUCCUCAAACGUGGAUGGAUUACUAUAGGCGUAGAUCCAGCUGAGAAUCUUGCUGAACUGGCUCGAGCAAAAGGCCAUACGGUUUAUAUUGGGUUUUGGGGCACUGAUAGGUUUUCUUUUCUACCACCACCAGAAUCAUUGAAUGCUAUAGUUGCACAAAAUGUGCUUGCUCAUGUCAGCAAUCCUGUACAAUUUCUGCGUGCUUGUGCUGCGGUUAUGGGUUCAAGAACAAGAUUAUAUAUUCAAACGUCUCAAUGUGAAAUGUACGAAACUGGGCAAUUUGAUACGGUUUAUCAUGAACACAUAUCUUUCUUUACAGCACACUCCUUUAAUAAAAUUGCUGCUCUCGCAGGGCUAUAUAUUGUCCAUUUUGAGAUCACACCUAUUCAUGGACGCUCAUGUUUGGUCACAUUCAAACGAAUGAGAUUACCAAGUACUUCUUUUAUUACUUCUUUUCAAAGGAAAAUUCCGUCUUCACUUCUGUUGGCCCUAAAGAAAGAGCGUCGCAUUGGGCUGACUGAUGCUUGGUUCUAUACCAAGUACCAAGCACAAGCUGAUUCCAUGCGUGAAUGGAUUUCUCGCCAAUUAACGCAUCUUCAUGCUCAAGGUCAUGUGAUAAUUGGAUAUGGGGCAGCAGCUAAAGGUAUGGUUCUUCUGCAUUCUCUCUUGAAAAUACCAAACCAAACAUGGCAGUUUUCGUAUAUAGUUGAUGAAGCUCCUUUAAAGCAAGAUAAAUAUUGCCCUGGUACUUAUAUACCAGUGCGCCCAAUUUCUGAAUUAAGUAAACAUAGUUUAAUGACACCAUUAACAAUAGUUGUGUUCGCUUGGAAUUUCUGGGAGGAGAUUUUGCACAAGAUUCGUAUAACAACUCUCGAGACAGGAAUCAAAAAUGUCUUUGCAAUACGCCCUUUUCCUCAACAACAGCUAAUUCAAAUUAAUUCAAACUCUACUACAAUACUUACACAAAAUGCAUAUAGACUAAUGCCUUGGCCGUCUCCAUUUCCUUAUAGACGUAGAUCUGUGUUACUCUUUUCGAACCUUUUCAAUGACACACCACUAUUGUCUUCUUGGAUUCGCCACCACGCACCCAUAUUUGAUAUUGCUAUUUUGAUUGAUUACGAUAUUACUAACAGGUCUUCACAGAUCGUUACGAACGAAGCUCCAAGCACUUGGAAAAUAAUUUCACCUCGUAGUAAAGAUUCUCCUCACAAAGUGAUCAACGAAGAAAUGAGAUAUUACGAAAAAAUAUACACGAAAGCAUGGAAGAUUGUUCUGACUACUGAUGAGUUUAUGGUACAUCCAAAUCUUCGAGAAAUGUUGUCUGACAUUGAACGUUCAAGUGAUGUGAUGGCAUUAUAUUUUCGUUCAUUAAUCAUGAUACGAACUGAUUCAAACCUACGUUACCCUUUCACGUCCUUGCUGAAUCAGCACACUCAAUACAUUUCAUAUUCACCCGUUAAAGGAAAGGGCAGUUUAGUGAUGCCUGCUUAUCGUUACAUACAUCGCUAUCCGUACGUUGAACAAAUCGAUGUAAAACAAAGUAAAAAUGAGAGUGAAUGGCAAUGGAUCCAUAUUGGAUUCAUCGCUGAUUAUCGCUACGCGCUCUCGUUUCAACAUACAAAUAUGAGGGUUCCUUUUCCUGAGUAUGUGGAAAAUGUUGGUGACACCAUGAAUGAGCAUAUUACACACGACUUUAAUGUCACAAGUUGGAAACACAACAAAGAAAUAUUUAGACACAUACGCCUCAAUGAUCUUCAAGAUUUUGACGCGCCAACAGAUGAGCUCAGAAUGGCUCAUCGACUCUGGAAGGAAAUGACAAAUCACUGA